ACAAAGAGAUAAGAUCAUUAAACAGACCAAAAUCAGAGACACAAAAAGAGAGACAGUCAGUGAGUGUGAGUGGCUUUUGGUGUGGCAAUGGCAUCUACAGCUUCGGCUCUGUCAUGGAGUUCUUCUUCGUGGCUCAAGAGCUUCGGUGGAAACUCAAACGAAGCUUCUAAACUAUCGGAUAGAAGAACAGCUUUGGUCAUUUUGGCUCAGAAGAAAGCCAAGAAGACCCGAAAGGUAAUUUUGAAGGAGGACGUGGAAUACCUGGGAAAGAUGGGGCAGCUACUUGAUGUUAAAGCUGGGUUUUAUAGGAAUUUUUUGCUGCCUACGGGAAAGGCCCAGAUUGUCACUCCCAUUCUGCUCAAGGAAAUGCGAAUGGAAGAGGAGAGAAUUGAGGCUGAGAAAAAACGGGUAAAAGAAGAGGCACAGCAACUUGCCCUGAUCUUUGAAACUGUUGGAGCUUUUAAGGUGAAGCGCAAAGGUGGGAAAGGGAAACAAAUUUUUGGAAGUGUAACUGCUCAAGAUCUUGUUGACAUAAUCAAGGCACAACUUCAGAGGGAUGUGGACAAGAGAAUUGUUUCUCUUCCAGAAAUCCGGGAAACGGGAGAAUAUAUUGCAGAGCUGAAGCUUCACCCAGAAGUUACCGCUCGAGUGAGGUUAAAUGUGUUUGCCAACUAAGAGCCAGCACCUUGUGGUGCCCCAAGCUCUGGUUGGAACAUUUGUGCUACUAGCUUGCACAUCUAAGGAGGAGCACGAUUGAUGUAAUAUCGGAGUCAUGUGGAUGCCUAAUGGGGAUUGACAUAUAUGUAAUUAUGCUUGUGUGUAAUUAUAUUAAUCCAAUUUGCUUACAGCUUUGCCAUUUUUACUGUUGUUAGUUCAACCUCCAUCUCCUGUAUGUUAGGCUCUAAAGAACCAAGCCGUUUGUUUUGUUUCAAAUUUGCACAUUCUUUUUUUAGGUAUUUAGUUGGUUCUCUUUUUAUGGCUCUAAUAUAGUGGGAUAUCCUCAACAAACUUCUUAUCAGUUUUUAAUGAAUCAAUCACACAUGAUUCUCUUUUUGGUUCUU